UGGAGUGCUGGACAAGCUCUUUUUCUUCUCCGACAGCCUUUAUUCUAUAUCUCGAUAUACCGCGUUUAGACAAUCACCUUACGUGUAUUGGAUGUCUAAGUAAACAAACCGCUUGCCGGUGAUCUCAUCCGCACUCGGCCCCCGCGAUGGGAAUCAAAGGGCUGCACGGUCUGCUCAAAUCUAUUCAGAAACCAUGUAACCUUAAAAAAUUCGAAGGCCAAACUUUGGGUGUUGACGCCUAUGGCUGGCUUCACAGAGGUACCGUGGCCUGUGCCAUGGAUUUGGCCUUGGACAGGCCUACUGCAAAACACAUUGAUUUCGUGCUGAACCGGAUUCGCAUGCUACUGUUUUUUGGGGUGACGCCUUACCUCGUUUUCGAUGGUGACAAUCUGCCUAGCAAAUCUGGCACCGAGGCUGAUCGCUUCAAGAAGAGAGAGGAGAGUAAAAAAUUGGCGUUAGAAUUGCACACCAAAGGUCGUACAACAGAGGCUCAACAAGAAUUUCAAAAAGCCGUGGAUGUUACGCCAUACAUGGCUCGGCAGCUCAUCGAGGAAUUAAAGCGGUUGAAAAUCCACUAUGUUGUGGCGCCAUACGAAGCAGAUGCACAAUUAGUGUAUCUUGAACGGCAGGGAAUUAUCAAUGGGAUUAUUUCUGAAGAUUCCGAUUUGUUGGUAUUUGGCGCCAAACGGCUGCUAUCGAAACUCGACCAGUAUGGUGACUGUAUUGAGAUCAACCGCGGCGAAUUCACUGCCUGCCGAGAUAUCAGCUUGAUUGGGUGGACUGAUACCGAUUUUCGACAUAUGUGCAUUCUCAGUGGAUGCGACUAUCUUCCUAAUAUACCCAAAAUGGGGCUUAAGACCGCGUAUCGCAGCAUGCGGAAGUAUAAAAACGUGGAGAAAGUUUUGAAGGUCUUGCAGUUUGAAGGAAACUAUCGCGUUCCUGCGGGGUAUGCGGAAAAUUUCAAACAAGCAGAGAAUACAUUUCUUUACCAGCGAGUAUUCUGUCCUGCUGCACAAAAGCUGGUCGCACUUACUACCCCAGAUUAUGGCCUGAACCUGGAUGAAAUGCCCUACAUUGGCGCUGAUGUUGACCCAGAAGUUGCAGUUGGAGUUGCAUGUGGUGACUUGGAUCCAAUGACAAAAGACGCGAUCAAUCUGAAACCAUCCCUGGCACCGAGGCCUAUACCAAGCCUAAAUAGAAGACAAACUGUGGCAUCGUCGGCUGAUCUGAAGCCUAAUAAACCUAUCAGCUCCUUUUUUACACCUCGGCGGGUCCCGCUUGCCGAACUCGACCCUAAUUCUCUUGCUCCAUCUCCAAGUCAACAGCGUCUUCUUGAACGACAUGCAAAUAACUCAUGGCUGCCCAGUCCUGCCAACCCCGGAUCUGGAUUGAUGCGCUCUACGUCAUCUGCUUCGCUAAAUCGGCUUGAUGAAAGUCCAAUAGUCCGGACCACACAAAGGGAAUCCUUCCUAGGCCGAGCUGCAAGACUCUCCACUGUACCAGCCGUAAAGCGCCAAAGGCUUUGCUCGGAUGCCGAUGAGGGGAUACUUCCGACGCCAUCUGAAGAAGCGCGUAGUCGAUUUUUUGGGGUUUCGAGUGAUGGCGGUGCGAAUGUUCCACGAGUCAAGAAGUCUCGAAAGUCUUCAUUCGGCGUGUUUUCGGAUGACAUAGCUGAGGACAUCAUGUCUCAAAUUGCGGAAUCAUCUGCCCCUGCAGAUGUGCUUAAAUCAACACCCUCCAAAGUUGUUACAGACAAUGAUUCCCAAGAUACGAUUGCGACUUCUCCAGUACAGGUUGAUGCGUGCACGCAAGCAGAGCUAGAUACGGAAAAAACAGACUCUAGUCAGAAUGAUGGUGAAAUUGUGGACGAACAAAAAGACAGUAUGAAACUAGGCCCUCGGCCAGUAAGUAUUGAUACUGAACCGGAGCUAUUCCGCGAAGUGCUCGAGAAACACGUAAAAAGACAAAACGCGUCAUUACUUUCCAAAUUUGUGUUUUCAGGCUCUGAUAAAGGGCCGGAUGUUUUCUCAGCUUCCGCCGAGGAAAAAAGAAUGGCAUCGUCAAGGACUACGACACCAACAGUUCAAGCUGCGGCGGUGUGCCCCGGACGAAGUCUUAAUCGCGGUAGCUCUCUCCAUCGACGAUUCACACCAUUACAAAGGCUUGGCCAGAACGCGCUAUCCAGAUCCAAAUCAAUGGACAACUUCUCGGUGCGAAAGAUGCUCAACAGCACCUCCCGUGACUCUGGAUACGAGUCAGAUUUUGGAAGAGAGAUGCAGCCUGAGGCCGUAUCGGCUUUAAGGAACUCCCACGGAAGCGAAGACCAAAUAGUGCCUGAUAGCGACGAGGAUGCAGAAGAAAGCCCUCAAGAGAGCGCGACGCUAAAGCUCAACCUCCAACGUUUUUCCUUUAUACCGGGGUAGGAUUAUCUGAAGAUUAUCUCUUAACGCAUCGUACAGGCGCUGUUGCAUAUUGGCAUAUUAAUUAUUGGCAUCAUUUCUGGGUCCAAUUGAUUGGCGACACGGGAGUGUUUAGGUUCUCCAUUGGAUGAAUUUGUAUUGGAUACC